AUGUCUACUUCUUGCAAAACAGUGCUUGCUUCCCGUGUAUCUGCCUCGUUCAGAGAUCAAAUCCACAAGGAUAUCCAAGAGCGUCAGAUUUGCCCCAAACUCGUUGGCUUCCUUGCCAACGAAGAUCCUGCAGCUAAAAAGUACGCUGAAUGGACCGCCAAGACAUGUGCCGAAACUGGUGUCGCGUUUGAGCUGCGUAAAGUCGACAAGCAGGACUUGGAAGAAAAGAUCACCGAAGCCAACGAAGACAAGGACGUUAACGGUAUCAUGGUCUAUUAUCCCGUUUUUGGUGGAAAGCAGGAUGCGUAUCUUCAAAACUGUGUUAGCGAGCUCAAGGAUGUAGAAGGUCUUUGCCACAAGUUUGUGCACAACGUAUACCACAAUGUCCGUUAUAUGGAUGAGGAGGAAACCAUGAAGUGUAUCAUCCCAUGCACUCCCCUUGCUGUUGUCAAGAUCCUCGAAUACAUUGGCGUAUACAACUCUGUUUUACCCUACGGCAAUCGUUUGUAUGGUCGUACCAUUACAGUCAUCAAUCGUAGUGAGAUUGUGGGUCGUCCUCUUGCUGCCAUGCUUUCCAAUGAUGGUGCCAAGGUGUACUCUGUGGACGUGAAUGGCAUCCAAUUGUUUACUCGUGGCUCUGGUAUCAAGCUGAAGGCUCACAAGGUUGAAGACAUUGAUGAGAAAUUGGAAGAUGUUGUUCCAAAGUCUGAUGUUGUUAUUACUGGUGUGCCCACUCCCAAGUACAAGUUGCCUACUUCUUUGUUGAAGGAUGGCGUGGUUGCUAUUAACUUUUCAUCAUGCGCCAACUUUGAGGAUGAUGUCAAAUCACGUGCAUCCAUUUUUGUGCCAUCGGUUGGCAAGGUUACCGUUGCUAUGCUAGAACGAAAUUUAUUGCGACUCCAUGACUAUCAGCACAACCUUCGUGAAAAGGAAUCCUCUUAG